UAAACAAAAAAUUCCUCUACACACACAUAGGAAAGGUUUUGUUGCCUGGGACCAUGAGAGGUGCACAUUUGCUACACUUGACCCUUCUCGUCAGCAUUACUCAUGGGAUUGGUCUGGAAGACAAAAAGGGGCCAUUAGGACAUCUCGUUUUAGAUGUGCCAGAGGCUACACCUGUGCCCUAUCCCAUUUACCAGUUUACAUCUACAGAGGAAGCGGAGACAUACCAUGUAAGCGGAGAGACCGAAGGAAAGAUCAGUAUUUCUACAGACGGCUGGCUAUUCCUGGAGCAACCUCUGGAAUGGAGCCCUGAGAAGAGCCACCAUCUAGAUAUUGAAGCACGUUCAGCAGAUGGUGAAACUGUUGAUGGGCCUUACUCGGUUGUCUUGCAAGUUGUAGAUAUCAACAACAAUCACCCUGUCUUUAGUGAGAGUCAGUACAGUGGCCGUGUUAGAGAGCAUUCUCCUGCAGGAGUUCGAUUCUUGCAGGUGUUUGCUACCGAUGCAGACGAUCCCAACACAUUAAAUGCCCAACUUGGAUUCAGCAUUGUGAACCAAAUCCCAAAUCAUGGAAAUGGUUUUUACUUUGGCAUUAAUCCGGACAGUGGCGAUAUCUUUAUAACAGAGGAAGGAGCAGAGUUUCUGAGGGCCAGGCCCACUGUAACGUACAGCCGCGGGGAGGUCCGUGGCAGUCCUGAUGUCCUGAAAAAGAAGUUUGAGGACUAUUGUAUUCCAAGGAACAACAUACCUCUGGAGAACAACCCCUUUUACACAUGCGUCGAACGUGCUGAAAGACGAGAAGUGAAUUUUCUUCAAGAUCCAGACUAUGCACUGAUUGUUCGCGCAGAGGAUUUAGGAGGUGGAGCUCUAAACGCUUUGAGUAGCACGACACGGGUCAACAUAGCUGUCAUUCAAAACCUCUGGGUCAGCCCUGGACCAAUCGCCAUCAGAGAAAAUCUGGAAGAGGAAUACCCUCUGUAUCUUACCACAGUGCGUGCCAAUGAUCCCACCGCAUUGUACAGGCUGGUACAGAAAGAAAGGCUUUCCUUCCCCUUCACCAUCAAUGAAGAUGGAGAAAUCUAUGUUAGCGCUCCUCUGGAUAGAGAAGAGAAAGAUAUGUACACUUUAGUGGUCUUGGCAGAAGAUGAACAGGGUGUUGAGCUGGAAAAACCCAUGGAGAUUCAUGUGCAGGUGCAGGAUGUGAAUGAUAACCCUCCUGUGUGUGAUGAAGCUGUGUUUGAGGUGCAAGAGAAUGAGCCCAUAGGUAAUCAAAUUGGGGUUCUGCUUGCUCAUGAUAGCGAUAAGGAGGGCACACUGAACUCAUUAUUAGACUACACACUCCUAAGACAGAUGCCUACCAAGCCUUUUGACAGAAUGUUCACCAUCGACCAAGUCAAUGGUGAAAUCAAACUGGCAAAUAAAAACUUCCAAAGGAAAGAGGUGCCUCAGUAUGAGCUCACCUUUAGUGUGACUGAUGGAGUUUACACCACGGAAUGUAAAGCAAUCAUCAAGGUCAUCGACAUCAAUAACGAGAUCCCUGUCUUCGAGAAAAAAGAUUAUGGGACCCACAGUGUUCCUGAACUAGCUGAAUUGGGAACCACUUUGCUCAGCAUCAAAGCCACAGAUGCAGAUGACCCAGGAACGGGAAGCUCUAGGGUGGAGUAUCACAUCACUGCUGGAGACCCACAUAACCUCUUAGCCAUUGAGGUUGAUGAAGAUACUGGAGAGGGCAGAGUCUACAUCGCUCGGCCACUGGAUUACGAGCUCCAGAGCGUCUUCAACCUUCAGAUCGAUGCCCGUAAUCCUGAGCCCCUGAUCAAAGGAGUGGAGUAUAAUGAAAAUGCCACCACAUAUGUUGUCAUUCAGCUGCUGGAUGUGGACGAGCUUCCAGAGUUUGAAGUUGAAACUCUUAACGUCAACGUUCCAGAAAACAUCACGGUUGGAACCGUAAUAAUGACAGCUGAAGCCAAGGAUCCAGAGGGAAAGACUAUCAAGUUUAAGAUGGAAGGUGAUGAACAUAAUUGGUUGGAGCUGGACGCUGACUCUGGAGAGCUGAAGACUAAAGCUGCUUUGGACAGAGAGACGGUGGAGCAGAUCUCUCUCACAAUCAUCGCUUAUGAGACAGAGGGAGACAAGCAGGAGGCUGAGAUGAAGGUGGAUAUUCAUCUGCUGGAUGUGAAUGACAACUACCCUAAACUGCAAAAGACACAGGGCUUCAUCUGCGUGCAGGAUAUGACCCCCUUGACACUCACUGCUGUAGAUAAGGACGCCAACCCCUACGGAGAGCCUUUCACCUUCUCCAUUAACCGCAAGUCACCAAACUUUGAGAUCAAACCUCUGGAUGGAACCUCAGUGCAGCUGAUUUUGAAGAAGAAGCCCUCAAGUGAUCUGAAUGCCACUGUUCCCAUCAACAUCAAAGACAACGCUGGGAUGGGUAUCACUCAAAAGUUUGAUGUGCGUAUAUGUAACUGCACUAAAUUGGGCUACUGUUACAUCGAGCCAGCAGCUCACAGCUGGAAGAUGGGCAUGAGCGGCACCAUCGGCAUCCUGGCAGGAAUAUUCGGCUUCAUCACUUUGUUCCUGAUCAUUGUAAUCUACCGAAUCAAGAAGAAGGAUCAACAGAGAGCAGCAACUUCUGGAGAGACUAAAGCAAUGCUCUAGAGUCAGGAUAACAUGCCAACUGUAAACAUAAUUUGGUACACAACCCAGGCAGACUGACAUCCAUGACCCUCAACAUACACACCUUUAUUUUGUAAAGUGGUUGUGCUGCUUCUUUUCAUUUUUAAAACACUUUUUAUUAACAUUAAAUAUUCAUGUUCAAGAUUUGCACAGUUUUAACAGUUACGUAUUCACUAUGUGGC